UUACACAAGAAAACUUGCAACCCUAAGAGACAUACAGGCCAGAAAGCGAAAAGCCGUAGCCAUUACAACUGAGGCCAAACUUCGUAGAAUUGCAUUGAAAGCCAGUCGCAAUCAGUCUAGUUCCACUUUUGAGGUACGGGAGGGGGUAUGUUACCAGUCCAAUACCAUGAUUGACACUGUGACUGAAGAUAGUGAUGAGAAAAUUUUGGAGAUUCCUGCCCCUAAAAACAAACCAGUAGAGAAUGACAGUAAACCUGAUAUAUCAACAAUGACACAUAUUUACUUUGACAUUGAAGCUACAGGAUUAGGUAGAACUUCACAUUUAACGCAGAUAUCAGCAAGGAGAGGUCUGGAAACAUUUUCUAAGUACAUUCUACCAGCCCGUGAAAUAACACCUAAAGCAGCUGAGGUUACAGGAUUGACAUUCCAAAAUUGUUCUUUAUAUUUACUUGACAAAAUUGACCCUGCUGUUGGCAUGUUGGAUGAUAAAGUUGUAACUAAAAGAAUGGCAAAUUGUAUUGCCAAAAGUGGACUUAAUUUAAGUCAUUUACGACUUGCUUAUUCCAGAAAUGGUAGAACAGGUAUUAAAGUAAUCAGCAAAAAUUAUUGA